UGCGAUUGAACCCCCCACACCAGCUGCGACAACUGCGUUAGGGUUUCGUACGACUCCUUUUCUUCCUCAUCGUCAUUUCAGCUCUCAAUUCAUCAGCGAAGAAUUUCGUUUUCAGAAAGUUUUCCCGGAAAAUAUUUUCCGCUCGAACAAACUGAGGGGUUCAUCGCUACAUGCAAUGCUUCUCUACUGAUCUGGAAACUUUGCACAUGAGUCAUUCGGGGGAUCAAUGUUCAACUGACCAUAAACAUGCUGUCAGAGGUACAGAGGUUUUUGUUGGUGGUUUGGCCCGCAGUACAACUGAAGAGAAGAUUCGCGAGGUCUUCUCUUCCUGUGGUGAAAUUAUGGAAAUGCGCUUAAUAAAGGACCAAAAGGGCAAUUCAAAGGGUUUUUGCUUUAUACGUUUUGGAAUCAAGGAGGCUGCGGACAGAGCUGUGAAGGAUAAAUCUGGAACACUGAUAGAUGGGAAAAAGAUCGGUGUUCUGCCAUCAACUGAACAGGAUUCUUUAUAUUUGGGAAACCUUCGCAAAGAUUGGAGUGCAGAUGAAUUUGACAAAAUUGUACGCCAGGCUUUCCCUGAUGUUGUAUCUGUGAAUCUUGCAAUGCCCUUCGGUGGAGAGAACCACCUAGGUCAAAAGCUUCAGAAUCGGGGAUUUGCUAUUGUGAAGUUCUCAUCUCAUGCUGCUGCUGCAAGAGCAUACCGUCUGGGGUCCAAGUCAGAUUUUGUUCUUGCUGCUAAUUGCCAUCCAGCUGUUGAUUGGGCUCAGGACGAACCUGAAAUUGAUCCUGAAGAACUCGCUAAGAUAAAGAUAGCUUUUGUUAGGAACCUUCCUCAAGAUUUUGAAGAAAACUACUUGCAAAAAUUGUUUGAGCCACUUGGGGAGUUGGAAAAAGUUGUAAUCUCGAAGAAGGGUCGCUCCCCAGUUGGGUUUGUUCACUUCGCUAAUAGAUCAGACCUUGAGAAUGCAAUCAAGGAAAUGAAUGGGAAAGCUGUCCAGGGACCAAGUGGCGGUCCUUCAUUUAAUCUCAUGGUUGAAAUUGCGAGGCCUAUUGAAAAGAAUAGGAAGCGAACUCGUGAAGAUCCUCAAAGCAAGUUAGCUAGUAAAAUUACAAGUCAUCCCAAAAUUUCAAAGGGCGAACAGAUUCUUAAUGCUUCUGGUCGUCUUAAAUCUGGAUCUCAGCAGCUGAAGAACUCACUGGAGGAACCGGUGGUUUCUGAUCCUUAUGAAGCUGCUGUAGUCUCAUUACCUGUGGCUGUUAAGGAGCGUCUCCUUAGGAUCUUGCGACUUGGUAUUGCUACUCGAUUUGAUAUAGACAUCCGGUGCCUGACCAGUCUCAAGGAACUACCUGAAUCUGCUGCUAUAUCCAUCCUUGAUCAGUUCAUGUUAUCAGGAGCAGAUAGGCAGGACAAGGGAGCUUAUCUUGCUGGACUAAUUUCUAGGCACCAGGUUGAUAAACUGGGUCUUGGUCAAUAUACUUCAAAUUUGUCAAGAAUAGGUGACAUUACCUCAAAAGAAUCACAGCUGGCCGGCUACUCUCGUAGAGUUCAUCUGCCAGCUAUGGGUCCUCUUGCCUCAAGUGUAGACACAACCAUGUCAAGGUAUGACAUUUACACAUCUCGCUAUCCAUCCUCGCUAUUAACCCAACCUCUGUCCAGCCGAGCAAGUUUUGGGAUUGAGGAAAGUGGUCUUGCCAGUGCUGCCACCUUGUAUCGAACACCAGCUCCUUCAGCAUCUUAUGCCAAAGUUGGACUGGGUUCUCCUCUUGUAGCUACUGCUGCUGAUCGUGAACUUCCAAGACCACAAGUUAAAUUUGACCCUUUCACAGGUGAACCUUACAAAUUCGAUCCAUUCACCGGUGAACCCAUUCGUUCUGAGAACAACCUAAGUCGCCAUUAUGGAAGCCCCUAUUGAUCCCUGCCCCCUAUUGGUUCUCGGGUUUGCAUUUCCAUUGUCUGAUUUUAACAGUUCUGCAGGCAUAACCAGUGUGAGUUGAACUAGGUUUUAGUUUCCAUAUGCAAGAAUUUUGUCACUGACAAUCAGAUAUGCUUGUACAAUAUAUUUAAGUUAAUGCUUGUUUUCAUUUAA